AUGAAGCUCCAAGAGCAGAAGAACAAAAUAAAAGCAAUAGAAACAUCAGCAACUAAACUUGAACAAGAACUGAGGUCUCGGGAAGCAGCUUUUGAUAGAGUGCAGGGGUCUGUAAACAAACAACUAGAAGACAUGCUACUCAAAGAAUACCCUGAAGAAUAUGUCCAAAAUAAUGCAAGAAAUUGGCUGAAAAUUCAACAGGACAUUGCGUUUGUGAAGAAAUCAUUAAAGGGCAGUGGACCGCCUCGACGAGAAAUUGUGAAAUCUCUCCUUGAGAGAAAAAAAAAGUCCGCUGAGAACGACAAACGCCUUGGACUUAAAAGUCUUCAGAACGUGACGCAGCCGCGAACAGCUCAACUGCUGAAAAUUGCUCGCAAACCAGAGUCCGGCUGGAAAGCUACGGUGUAACUUUCCCUGAUGGGCGAAACUUUACUAGCUCAACCAGUUUCUGCUUGUCGCCAAGUACAGCAGAGGAAGAGGAAGAACAGCUUUGCAUGGCUAAA